AUGGGUUGUAUCUUUUCUAAACAAUCUCCUUCUGGAGAAAUUUUAAAUAAACAGCAAAAUCAAAAGUUAAAACAAGAACAAAAUGUUAGAGAUUCAUCAGAGGAUUUAAAUUUUUUUACAUAUUUAAAACAUAGAUUUAAACAAGCAUUUUUAAACAACAGCAAUAACGACGAUCAACAAUUGCUAUAUUACAACUCCAACCAUAGUGAACAGCAAUUAAAUAGUAUAGAUAAUAGUAGCAACAACAAAAAUAAUAGCAAUGGUUCAAAUAAACCCAAUUAUUUAUCGGUAUCACCAUCUAUCGGAAGUAAUAUUCCAUCACCAUCUAUAAUUAUUACAUCUCCAUCUAGUAAUCAUAGUAAUUAUAAAAAUAAUGUAAAAAGUCAUCUCUUGUAUAAUGUAAAUAAUAGUAAUAGCAGUAAUAGCAGCCAAGAUCAAUCAAAUUCUGUAACAGCUAUGGGAAGUUUUAAUAGUUCAAGACCUAGAAGUAAGGAAACACAUAGGGCUCACAAAAAAAGACACAGAGACGGACAUAAAAUGGUAAAUGAAUAUGUUUUUGUUAGAAAGUUGGGUAGAGGUACUUAUGGUAAAGUUAAAUUAGCCUAUCAAUAUGAAACUCAUCAAUUAUAUGCAAUUAAAAUUUUUAAUAAAUUCAGAUUAAAAAAAAAAACUAUGGGAUUUGGAAAACCAAAUGCAUUUGAUCAAGUUUUAAAAGAAAUAGCAAUUAUGAAAAAAAUGAAUCAUCCCAAUGUUGUUAAACUAUAUGAAGUAAUAAAUGAUCCAGAAGAAGAAAGUAUUUAUAUUGUAAUGGAAUAUGUUGAAGGUGGAAAUUUGCAAUCAAUUAAUGAUUUCCCAAACAAUCCAAUGUCAGAGCAUUUGGCAAGAAAGUAUUUUAGAGAUAUAGUUUUAGGUUUAGAAUAUUUACACGAACAAAAAGUUAUACAUAGGGAUAUUAAACCAGAAAAUUUGUUACUAAAUAAGGAUGGUGUUGUUAAGAUCGGUGAUUUUGGGGUUAGUCAAAUUUUUGAAGAUGACGAUAUUAUAGCAAAAUGUACUACAGCAGGAAGUAUAGCAUUUCAUUCACCAGAGCUUUGUAGUGAGGAUCAUAGUAUUCCAAUUUCAGGUAAAGCAAUUGAUAUUUGGGCAUUAGGUAUAACAUUAUAUUAUUUACUUUUUGGAAGAGUUCCAUUUAAUUCAUCAAAUUCUAUUGCAAAUAUUUAUGACCAAAUUUUAAAUCAAGAAGUUGUAUAUACAAGAGAGAUUUCAAAUGAAUUAAUGGAUUUGUUUAAUUGCUUAUUGGAUAAAAACCCAGCAACUAGAAUUAAUAUCGAAGCAAUUAAAAUGCAUCCAUGGACAACUUUAAAUGGAACAUGGCAAAUGAAAGAAUCAGAUCAUUUAAUUUUAUCAGUAACAGAUCAAGAAAUGAACGAGGCUAUUAGUGCUGAUCACACUAUUAAAGAUGAUGACUUGAGUAGCAGUAGCGAAAGUAGUGGAAUAGUUGGUUCAAACUCUAGCGAUAAAAUUUUGUACAGUAAUAAUCAUAAUAGCAACAGCAUUAAUAAUAACAAUAAUAAUUUGUUUUAUAGUUUAAGAAAAAAUAAUAGUUUUAAUACAACAACUUCUAUUACACCCAGUAAAAAAGAUAAUAGUAUUAAUAUUGUAAACUUUGAUCAAGAUCAUGAAAGUGAUAUUGACAAUGAUAUUGAAAUUAGUGGUAAUAGUAUUUAUAAACCGCUAAUAAUUAACAACAACAACAACAGCAAUAAUAACAUCGCCAAUAAAUCCAGUAAUAAAUCAAGAAAUGUAAAUAUCAACUCAAAAAAUAGUAUAAUAAUUGAUGGUAUUGGGGAAAUUGACGAUGAAAAAGGUUUUAAUGAUGGUAAUAUGGAUGAAAUAGAAAUAGACAUAAAUUAA